CUCCAUUUUGAUGCGGGGCUGGGGCGGAGGCGGCUGGUGGGGGCCGGGGAUGGUGCCGCUGCCUCGGGCAUCGCCGUGACUCCCUGGGGGAGGCGAGCGGAGCCGGCCGUGGGCGGGGGCGCAGGCAGCCCUGCCUGGAUGCGGGGCCAGCGGCAGAGCCCACCCGCGUCCCUGCGGUGACGGGAGCCGGGCUCGCCUCCCCCCUCCCCGCCGCGGAGGAGCCGAGCGGUGAGGGCCGCGGGGGGCGCCCGGUGCUCCCUCUCUACUGCCCCAGGUGAAAGAUCCGGAGGCAGGGGAGAAGAUGAGCAGCGAGGCGCUGUGGCUUUUCAAGCAGCUGAACCUCCACCUGGAGCAGGAGGGGCGCUUCCAGCCCCGAGAGAAGGGGCUCAGCCUCAUCGAGUGCGCCGCCGAGAAUGAAAACACUCUGUGCCCCAGACAAAGGAAUGCCAAGGUGGAAGAUCUUUGGAGCCUCACCAACUUCUUCGGGUUUGCAACUGAAACGUUUGUUUUGGCUGUUAACAUUCUGGACAGAUUCCUGGCUCUCAUGAAGGUGAAACCAAAGCAUUUAUCUUGCAUUGGAGUGUGCUGUUUCCAGCUGGCUGCCCGAGUGGUGGAGGAGGAAUGCAAUAUUCCCUCUGCUCACGAGCUGAUCCGGAUCAGCCAGUGUAAAUGCACCGUGUCCGACCUGAAGCGGAUGGAAAAGAUCAUUUCAGAGAAGUUGCACUUUGAAUUUAAAGCUACUACUGCCUUAACCUUCUUGCACUUGUACCAUACUAUUGUACUCUGUCAUACCUCAGAAAGGAAAGAAAUCCUGAAUCUUGACAAGCUGGAAGCACAGCUGAAGGCUUGCAAUUGUCGCCUGGUCUUCUCGAAAGCAAAACCAUCUGUCUUGGCCUUGUGCCUUCUCACUCUGGAAGUUCAGACUUUGAAAUCUGUUGAGCUGUUUGAGAUCCUUCUGCGUGUUCAAAAGCAUUCAAAGAUCAGUGAUAGUGACCUACUUUACUGGAGGGAGCUGGUCUCAAAAUGCCUGGCAGAUUAUUCUUCUCCUGAGUGUUGCAAACCUGAUCAUAAGAAGCUGGUUUGGAUUGUGUCGAGGCGCACGGCCCAGAACCUACAGAACAGUUACUACAGUGUUCCUGAGCUGCCAACCAUCCCAGAGGGUGGAUGCUUCAAUGAGAGUGAGAGUGAAGACUCCUGUGAAGAUAUGAGCAGUGGGGAAGAAAGCCUCAGCAGUUCUCCUCCAAGUGACCUGGAAGGCAGCUUCUUCUUUGAUCUCAAACCUAAAGCAAAGUGGCAACCUCUUAGCUGCCGAUCUUGAUUGUGUUGGGUUGAGAUUUUGAAUGCACCACAGAGGCUUUUGGCAAUAAUAAAUGAGGUGGUAAACUGUAUUAAGGCAAGAAUUGCUGUGGUAUAUCAGUGCUUUGAAUGCCUGCCUUGUUUGUUGGGGGUUUUUUUGUUGUUGUUGUAGUUGUAAGGAAGAAAAAAUAUCCUAUUCAGGUCCUCAGCAGAACAAAACCCUAGUGGGGUAGUUCUGUUGUCAAGAGGCAUAACUGCUCUUGUAGCUGGUGGGCCAAAAUGCUCAGCAUCUAAUCAUGGGCUGUGUUAACAGCUGCAUAACCAGCAGACUGAGGGGAGUAAGGCUUUGUCCUCCCUUUGCUUGGCUUCAUUCCCAUUUGGGCUCAAGAUGUUGAACAAGUUGUGCAAGUCCAGCAGGAAGCUGCCAAGAUGGUUCAGCAAUUUUGGGCACAGGACCUGUGGGGAGAGGCUAAGCGAAAGGAGCUUGUGCAGCCUUUGGGGGACUGGACAGCAGAGGAGAUCGCUGAGGAGGAGAUGACUUGAGGGUCUUGACUGAGAAGCACAGAGUGAGGAUGAGAGGCUUUGAAUGGAAGUUCUCAGUUCGUGGAGGUUUGCUCCCUGGGGGGAUAGUCAAGCACUGGAAUGGACCAGAAGAGGCUGUGCAGGCUUUUUCCUGGGGGGUUCUUGAGUUUCAACAUGGUGAAGCCCAGAGCCUGAUCUGAGUUCAGCUUUGAGCAGCAAGAUUGAACUCGAGUCCUCUUGAGGGCACCUCUGCUCCUUAGUGUUUUGGGCUUUGAGCCAGCUGUCCAGAGAGGUGAUAUGGACUGAGACAUCAACACAGUACCAGGCUGAAGCAUUUAAUGUCAGAUGGGCCAGAUGCUGGCACUGCUUUAUAGCUUUGUGCUCUGCUCCUUUGCAAGCUGGGUCUGAGUUGUGUACCCCAAGCAGAUUUUCAUUUGAAAAAGCUUGGCUUUCACCAGCUGGAGGAAUCCCU